AUGAAAACAUCGAGCGACUCCCGGCUGAGUCCGAUGGAUAAGUGGUACAGGGAGCUGCUGUAUUGCACCAAACCAGCCAACUUGAGUGAUGUGUAUGGGAGAAAAGACGCUGCAAAGGCUGUUGCACGCCACCUACACGACUACCUGCCACACGCCAUGGAUCACCCUGCAAGCUUGUGCUUCCUUAAGAAGGGAAACAAUUGUGUGGUCACUGUGAAUUUUCUCCUUAGUGUGGUUCCGGACAGCGGCACGGUUCCUGUUAGUGUCGAUGUUGGAAUUCUGUUUCCUCAAACGUUUCCCAAGGGCCCACUGAAGUGCCGUGUGCGGGUUCGUGGUGCAGAGAUCAAUUUCGCAGAAGGCAUCUUUUCAGAUGGAGUUGAGGUGCAUCUCUCUGAACUGGCGUUUUUAAAAGUCAAACCAUCUCCGUAUCCACUUGUAGACGUUGUCAAGGCUAUUUCCCAUGAAAUCAGGGGGAAUUUGAAGUUUUUCACCACAGAUGCCUCUUUCCAACACCAGUGCCAGGGCACAAGUGGGUCAGAGGAUCUAGAUGGGCCUGCUAUUUUGCAGAAAUGCAUUGUGUCCCGUAGUCCCGUUGUGCUGAGGCCUGGAAAGGGGCAGACUGAGAAACUUUUGCAACAUGCAUCAAUGGAAGAUUCACGUAUGAAGACUCUCCGGUGGGCGUCUGAACUUCUUUUCGCCCGGCAAAUUUUUUAUGCGGAGCCGUACCUUAGUUUUAGGGAGGAGAGCGUGCCGCUACUGAGGAAGUUGUAUGCGUCGAGGGAAAUAAAGAUGCAAGAGCAGCAUGUCCUUAAGGGACUCAUAAGCCAACUACGCGAGGCAUCUGUGAGGGUGGCGUCUCACGAACAAGCAAUAACAUCGCUACAACGUGGUGUCGAUGCUUCUGAGGACUCUUCCACGUGCAUAGUGCCUGUGGAUGAUCUACAAGCACGUGCGCUUGAACUUCUCAGUGAAGUUUACGCCCUCGAUGAUGUUUUAGAGCUGCUUGAGAGAUCCCUCAAGGCUGGGCAGCUGUCUUGUGAGGAGUAUGUGCGGCGUGUUUCUGACAUUGGACGGAAACAGUUUGAGGCGCGGUUUCUAUUUGCUCGUGUGGCUGAAGCUGUGAAGUAG